AAAAGAAGUGCAGGCACAGGAUCAUAUUAGACCGGUUGGAAAUAAUUUAAUCUCACAAUGGCCCAAGGAGUCUAUUUGGGAUUUUUUGAUGUAACGCGGGUCUUCCUCCUGCUGUGUUCUGUCACAAGCUUGCUGCUGAUAGAUCACCACAGAGAUGCAGAGGAUGACCGGGAGCUCAACAAAGCCAUUUUGGAAAUGCUACAUAUCAAUAAAGUGUCUGCGAGCCAUCAGGCCCAGCCACAUCCCUACAUGAGGAGGAUCUAUCAGCGUCUGGACUCACUGGAGGCUCAAGACUUUGGGAGUUCAGAUGGCACACUAGUGCAGAGUUUUCGGAGUGUUUUUGGACCACAACACGCUCCUCCAGGGUGGAUCUGGUUCAAUGUCAGCAGCCUGAACCCCUCUAUGCUGGGUGCAGAGCUGGUUCUGUUCAGGAAAAUCCUCCACCCCCGUCCCAUCAGUGUGACUAUCACCCUGCACAGCGUCACAGCUGCACAGGGCGCUCUGAAGGAAAGUCCCGCUCUCGAGGAUAGGCUGCUGAUCCUGGAUCAGCGACCCUCAUCUGGAUUCGAUGUGUUUGAUGUGUCAGCUGUUCUGGCUGUGAAGCCUGUGGAGAUGGUGGGCUUUCAGCUGAGAUAUACAGACGAGAGUGGGAGUCUGGUCCUUCAUGAAGCCCUGACACAGAGUCUUUACUGUCUGAACAGAGGCUCUCUGAGUGAACCCUUACUGGUGCUUUACCAAGCACACCCCGUCCACAUCUAACUGACCACAUCUUUUUUAUUUUUUUAUUAAAAUGAAUAAUUCUCUGUUAAUCCACCUCUGAUAUGGUGGAUAUUAUGCUAAAUGUUUCAGCUCAAAAUUAGCUAGGCAAGGUUAAAGCGUUGUAACUUUGACACAGACAAAAACUUAACUAAAUUAAAUCCACAGAAAACUUCUUUAUAACCUUUUUAAUGUUUUUACUUUAGGUGUUUAGGAACUGAUAACGGACAUUUGUCAUUACAUUGCAUUUCCUUCAGGUAAUGUAGCCUUCACAGUUCAGCAUCACUAUCAGUGAUGCACUAUUACAUUAUAUUGUAUUAACUCUACCAGAACUGCACUUUUGUUACCAUCUUUUAUUUUGAAGGUUUCCACUGGAAGUGUUAGUGCUGUUGUGUCUGACUUGAUAGGGGUGGAGAUGUGGGUAGUCAUGUCACUUGAUGAUCAUGGGAGCACACUGCCCUUAACACAACAUUUCACUGAUGUAACAACAGUGUUGCUAUCAGCUACUGUUAUUGAUAAUAUCUGUCAAUCGAUAUCAGCGUCUUAAUUAGAAACAACACCAGUAACAUCAGCAGCUGUAUAAUUAAUAAGACAAGUCAAAUCUAGAGACCAAUGUAGCCUGAUGAUAGAUCCCCCUGUCAAAGCAUUAUUACACUUCCUGUGAAAACUUUCAGAGUAAAUGUUGGCGAACAAAAUAACGCAAUUUGAAAUGAUCAAACAAAGAAACAAGCAGACAUUGCGAGUGUUCAUUUCCCUGUAAGAGCCACAUAUUAAAUAAAACUGGACAUUCUUCAAUGGCUAUAUGUAAGUAUAAAUGGUCAGUUCAACCACAUUACAAAAAAACAAAACACAUUUUCUCAUUGACUUCCAGCCAUGCAGAUCAUUUUGGUUUAAUUUGUCUGAGUUUUAAGAUAUCUGUCUCUCUGAGAUGUCUGUAUAACGUGUGUAUUCAUGAUAUAGGCUACACUUAUUUAUCAAACAAUAUGAAUAGUUGUACCCUGUUAUGUAUUUUAAUUAAGCAGCCCUGCACUAAACAUGACCUUUGUGGAUGCUUUGUUCACCUCCAUGUACAUGUGGGCGAACAAAGUGGUAAAACUUUCCUCAACUACAGGGCUUUAUCGAAAUCUAGUUUAAAAUCCUUUAUUAUAUUGUGUAUGUAUAUUGUUCUUACAUUGUGCCUAAAUUAAUUUGGUGUUUUAUCAGAUUACUGUUUGGUUUACAGUAUAAUAGGUCAAUACUUAAAACAUCUUAUCUUAUCUUACUACCCCACCAGAGCACUGCGCUCCCAGAAUG